AUGAACCCAGAGUGUGACAGGCACGCGGGUGCCGGAGCGCUGUGCCUGGCAGCCGAGGCCGGCUGCCGCGAGGCGGUGCGCGCGUUGUCUGCGCCCGCGGCCGCCGGGCCCGACGCGUGGGGCAGCACGGCGCUGCAGUGGGCGGCGGCGCGCGGCCGGGACGCGGCGGUGGCGCUGCUGCUGGAGGAGGGCCGCGCAGACGUGCGCGCCGCGGACCGGGACGGCGUGACUGCGCUGCACGCGGCCGCCGCCCGCUGCGGCGCGCCCACCGUGGAGGCGCUGCUGCGCGCCGGCGCGGACCCGGCCGCCGCGGACGGCGAGCUGGCGCAGCCGCUGCACUGGGCGGCCGCCGCGGGCAACGCAGCCGCGCUCGCCGCGCUGCUGGAGGCGUGCCGCGGCCGCACGUGCGACCCGCCCGACGCCAGCGGCCAGACGCCGCUGCACUACGCGGCGCGCGCCGGCUGCGUGGCCGCGGUGCGCGCGCUGCUGGCCGCGGGCGCCUACCGGCGCGCCCUGUGCGCCGGCGGCCGAACGCCGCUGCACGUCGCGGCGUUUCACGCGCGACCCGCCACCGUGCGCCUGCUGCUGGCCGACGGCGCGCAGGAUGUCAACAGGCCCGACGACCACGGGCAGACGCCGCUCUACUGCGCGGCCGUGGGCGGCAGCAUCGCGGCGGUCGCCCUCCUGCUAGCUGCCGGCGCCGACAAGGCGGUCUGCAACAAAGCCGGCUUCUCCCCGCAACGGGUGGCGCUCGACCAGGGCCGCCACGACCUGGCUGCGGUUCUGGACGAGAACGACGACAGCCCGGUCGUCGACGAACGCACGGGAGGGGCAACUGCCUCCUCCACCCUUACAUACGCCUAUGAACAGGAAACUACACGAAACUGGUUUGCGGCACAGGCACUUCAUUGGGCAGCAGAGGAAGGCAACGACGACGAGGUGGUGCGCCUUCUGCAGGCCGGGGUGGCGCCGGUGGACGCUGCCGACGCGGACGGCCUGACAGCUUUGCACCUGGCGGCAGCCCACUGCGGCGAGCGCGCCGUGAGGGCGCUGCUGGAGGCGCGAGCAGACCCGCACGCCAGGGCGGGCGACGGCCGCUCGCCGCUGCACUGUGCAGCCGCCACGGGCCGCACCGCCAACGUGCGCGCACUGCUCGAGGCAGGCGCCGGGCCCAACGUGCCCGACGCCAAGGAGGAGCGGCCGCUGCACCUGGCGGCGGCCGCGGGAGCCGUGGCGACGGUGCACGCGCUGCUCGACGGCGGUGCCACUGGCGACGCGCGCAGCGCAGACGGCCGCUCGCCGCUGCUGUUCGCCGCCUGGUACGGACACGCAGCCGCUGUCGACGCGCUGCUGACGGCAGGCGGCGCAGACGUGACAGUGACCAACCGGAACGGCAGGUCGGCGCUGCAGUGCGCCGCGCGCAGUGGCUCCGUGCUGACGGCGCGCUUGCUACUGGCCGCCGGGGCAGAUGUCAACGUCAGAGACCGCAACGGGAAGACCGCCGUGGAUGUCGCCAAGAAGCGCGACCACAAGGUUCUCCUAAAAGUUCUGCGCGAAUCUUAAACACUCUGGUAGCUGACAGCCAGUGACUCCCAUAUCUCAUAUGUCUUCGUACAAUUAUAACGAAAAGUACGUCCCAGAAUGAAGUGUAAGUCACCCGCACUUUCUCCCUAAUUUUCACGUCCAGUUGAGCCGAAAAAGUGAGCCCCUCUCAGCAUCAGACUAACAUGCUGGCAGGAUUGGCACAGAGAUAGCAUGGCAUGUCUCCUCCAACUAGUAAUAAAAAAUGAUUUUUCAGCUAUUGUUGCGAUCCUCUACUCUCUACAUUAUCUAUCUUGUGCAAACCUAUUCACUGCCACAUAACUGCAACAACCUACAUCCACCUGAGCCUGCUUAAUAUAGCCAAGCCUUGGCAUCCCUCUUCAGUUUUUACUCCCUCACCCCACCACCACCACCGUUAUCAAACUGACCAUUCCUCGAUGCCUGAUAACUUCGACUGUUCCCUUAUCUUAGUUUUAUUUUCUCCCAGUUUAAAUGAGUACUUCCUCAAAAGUUGUCCAAUCUACCUGCCUAGUCUUUGACAUUCUUCUGCAGCACCAUACUACAUAAGCAUAUAGUCUCUUACUGUCUCAUUUGUUUAUCACCUCAUUUCACUUCUGAACUAGGCUACACUCCAGACAAAGGCACCCAUACCCAGGGCCGAGGGGGAUCCCGACCCUCCACCCCUCGCUCUCAGGGAAAGGAAAAAAUGUAGUGUAGUCAGGUGUUCUUUCAAGAAAACGAUUUAAAAAUAAGUAUUAUGCGGUUUUUUAACAGGGUCAGAACUGGAACUCUCCCGCCCCCCCCCCCCCCCCCAAAUUACUUUAUGGGUACCCUUGACUCCAGGCAAAUACUUGCGGAAAAGACAUCCUAACUUUUAAAUAUGUACUCCAUGUUAACAAAUUUAUCUUUUCCAGAACUUCUUUUUCUUGCCUUGCCAGUCUGCAUUUUUAUGUCGUCUCUAGUUCAACUACUGUCAGUUAUUUUGCUACCCAAAUAACAAAACUUUUCUACUACUUUUCAUGUUUUAUUUACAAUUCUCAUGCCUGAUUUAAUCAACUAUGUUUCAUUACCCUUGUUUUACUUCUCUUUAUAUUCAACUUGCAACCCGUUUUCAGCACAUCACCCAUUUGGUUCAACUGCUCUACCAAGUCCUUUGCUGCCUCUGAUACAGUUAUGAUAUCAUCAACAAACCUGAAAGUUAUGAUUUCCUCUUUCUGAACUUUUAACUCAAUUUCCAGAUUUCUCCUUCAUUUCCUUCAGAGCUCACCCACUGUACAGAUUGAACAGUAUCAGCGAUGGCCUACAAUCCCGCCUCACUCUCUUCUUAACUACUGCUUCCCUUGCACAUACUUCACUUCUUAUAACAGCGGUUUGGUUUCUGUACAAGUUGUAGAUAACAUUUAGCUCCCUGUAUUUUAUCCUUCCUACCUCCAGAGUUUCAAAGAAUGUAUUUCAAUCAUUAUUGUCAAAAGCUGCCUCUGAAUCUAGAAAUGCUAUAAAAUUAAAUUUCUUUUCCUCAGCCUGUCUUCUAAGAUAAGUCAUAAGGUCAGUAUUGUCUCACAUAUUCCUACAUUUCUCCAAAACCUAAACUAAUCUUCCCCAAGGUUUCCAAUCAGUUUUAUUUUUUGAGGGACCAUGCAUACCACUUGCACUAAGUUGGCACUACUUCAUAACUUGUUUUCCACAGGGAAAAAAAAAACAACCCAGACUUCACAAUGUGGCAUUCAGCAAUGGCUACUAUAGUGUUUUAUGUAAGACAGUAUUUCUUGAUUACUGAACUGACGUUGACCAGAGAGCAAAUUCCAAGAAAAAAGUGUACGGACAUUGCAAAUGGUGGGAUAGACCAUUAUUACCUUCUGUAAGAGACAUAAGCCGCAGAAAACUUCUGCCAACAUAUGUUGCACUGGUAGGCCAGUUUCUGGGGAUGUUAAUUUUUCAACACAAAAAUUAAAACAUAACAAUUAUUCUAUGCAGCAGGUUUCAAAUUCACAAAUAACAUGAAAGGAGCACUCUCAAUAACACAUUAAUUAUACUGGCCUGAGCCUUGGGGCAGACGGGAGGAAGUACCUGUUGCGAAACGGUGCGGCACCAGACUAUCAAGCGCGUCGGACUGUCAAACGUCAGAUUAUUAUGAGUCUACUGUACUGUUGUUCAUGAGUCAAGCUGUUAAUCUUGAAAACAUGUAACUCAUACUGAAGUUACACUGUGACAUUCAGAUGCAGAAUUAUUACUUACACUAUUAAAAUGUAUAAUCAGCAUGCCAUGCAGGUUUGAUGCAUUAUAAUUUUCAUGGAUGAUCAUUUGUCUGUAUUUUAUACAACAUGUCAGUUGUUCAAUUGAAUUAAUUUAAUAUGUUUAAAAAUCUACAGAAAAGGAAAGAGAAUUAAGAGUCAGAAGAAAGAUACCUUUAAGAAUUUGGAACUGGUUAUUCUUCUGCAACAUAAUAUAGCCUAUUAAUGGUUUAACUUGACUGUUCUAUCAGAAAAUGUGAUUCUUUUUGUGUUUUUGUAUUAGCUGUAACAUGGAUAAUAUCAAUAAAUUGCAAAAUUUU